UUCUCUCUUAUUUUCCCUCUCUGUCUAUUCCUCACUCAACUGUGUUUUCAUCUAUUACUACACUUUGGAUCAAACCAGAUUAAAAAUGGGCUGCUUCACAUUUGUUAAAGUUGUGAUGGUUGUGUUCAACUUGCUUAUCUGUCUGGCGGGCAUGUGUUUGGCGGCUGCAGGGAUAUGGGUGACAGUGGACGGAGAUUCCUUUAUGAAAGUUUUGCCACCCUUUACUGAUCAUUUCCAGACUCAUGUCAAUGUAGGAAUCUUCAGCAUCACUAUUGGAGCAGUUAUGACUCUGCUUGGACUGCUGGGGUGCUGUGGAGCUCAGAAAGAAAGCAAAUGCCUUCUUAUAAUGUUCUUCUCCAUCAUCCUGGUCAUUUGCAUUGCUGAGACAGCAGCCGCAAUAGUAGCCCUGGUCUAUUCCUCAUACACUGAGAUCAUUCUAAAAACGUGGGCCACACCUGGACUGAAGGAGCAGUAUGGGAAAGAUAAAAUCCUCACGGACUUGUGGAACUCAACCAUGACAACAUUGCAGUGCUGUGGCUUCAGUAACUACACAGACUUCUCUGAAUCUUACUACUAUGAGCAGAAUGGGGCCCUUUACCCUCCUACCUGUUGUGCAGGUCUUCAGCUCUUCCCCUGUGACGACGACAAUGCAGGUUUCAGUAAUGUGGUGGGCUGUUAUAAACAAAUUGUUAAGAUUAUCCAGAGGAACGUCAACAUUGUGGGAGGAAUAGCUGCUGGAGUCACUGCCAUUGAGGUGGCAGCGAUGGGGGUGUCUAUGUACCUCUAUUGCUACCUGGACAAAAAAGCCACCUGA